GCGUGAGAGAUGCGGUCACACCCCCUCGUCUUGUCUCUGUACGCCCCCGAGACCCGUGGGCGAACAACAAUACUUAAGGAGUUAGAUGCAGCCCACCUUAAAGCAUCUAAUAUGAUACAGAUACCACACAAUCUCUACAGGAACAGUCAGUGAUACAUGAGUCCACAGAUUAUCAGCAUCUUGAGGAUCUUAACUAUGGAUGAAGACGGAGGCACCAACUGAGGGGGAAAAUAACGGGGGUCCAUUUAAGAUGACUCGGACGGAUCCCCCUGACAUAUUAACAUCAACUUUGUAUCGAGACAUAAAAAUUGGUCGUAACUGUGGGCUCUCAAAGUAUUCUGGAUCUUCUAAGCAAUGUGAUUCCCAAAUGGUUGGCCCACUGGAUCAAAACUUUGAAACCAUUAACAAAAGACAUUGCCGUAGCUUUGACUUCAUUGAGUCAUUGGAUGAACCAAGGGACUUUUCCUCGUCCAUGGAGUAUCCUUAUAGGUCUGAUCAGAAAACAGUAAGUAAGGAUGCAGUCUGGAAUGGCAUUGGACAGCAGGGACACUUACGUUUUUCCUCACCAGAUCUGUUCAACUCACGGCUCUGCCAUCAACAAAUUAGCACAGACAAAACCAAUGAGGCAGCAAAGACUAGUGUUCAUGGCAAGCCUCGCUCAAAAAGUGCUCCAAGGGUUCGAGCCACCCUGACUCCUGUACCCAUCACAGUCUCUCCACCUGCAACCAAGAGGCGUCAAUCUCCAGUGGACCCCAAGAAGAGAUCUGAAUGUUUGCCAAAUCGAGAAGCCUCCCGUUCAACCAGGGCUUUAGUGAAUGAGGUUCAUCCAAUCAAGUUACAACCCCACACACCCCUCUAUGUUUCUGAUUGUUUUGAGGAGAGCAGACAGGAGAAACAAGCAAACACUCCCCACGUUAGGUACCGUGUUGAUAUUAAGCCAGAUGCCUCAGUUCUCCAGCACACUGCACAGAAGAUGCCUACUCACAGAAGUAAUGUUCCCUGGCAGCUUUCCUCAACAUCAGGGAUCAGGAAUGUCUCAUUUUCAAGUCAGAUAUUCACUUCUAGAACGCCUACUCCCAGUGAGUGUUACAACAUGGACUACAGGCAAGCUUAUCAAUAUCCCAACAGCUCCCAUCAGUCUGGUAGUUACAUUCAAACUGGAGAGAACCCUUUUGGAAGGACUUCUCCUAGAGACACAAGGGACUACAGAACCUUGUCUAAUCCCAACAUUCCAACCAAGUUCUUCUACACGGAUGAUCCCUGCAGGUUUCCAGUUCACCCACCUAGUAGGAAAUAUUAUCAGGAUGACCAGUACAGUAUUAACAGCAGCAACAGCCAAAAUCCAUCCAUCAGUAGUCAGUAUAUACAUGACCCAAGGACUCGGUGGGUUCAUACUUUGCCUGUACGUUCAUACUAUGCAGAUUCCCAUCGUGGACCCUUGGAUCCAUUCUACAGUAGACCAUAUUCAGUGAGUGAGCCAGGGCCAUACUUCAUAUCCACCCCUCAGAAUGAAACAUACUUUCAGGAGGAUCCAAGAGUUUAUGCCUUUCCCUCUGAGCCCUCAAGGAUGUUUUAUACAAAGCCUUGCCAUUACCCAGCAGACAAUCCUAUGAGAGCAUAUCAUACGGAGGGACGGCGGCGGCCACGUAUGUCCCAGGCCUUUUCUGAUGACUGGAACCGGUCAAGCAUUGCUACAUAUUCCAGUCAGUAUGCAUCCUCACAGGCUACUCCACAGCGAGUGCCAUCAAUAAGCCCAUGGUAUCAUAAUGACUUUACUGAGCCAAGUCGUUUAGGAGCAGAUGUCCGGAACUACUCAAAAUCCUGGGACAACAUUAUUACCCCUCAUAUGGACAGAGAACAUGGCGUUUCACGAGGCAGGAGUUACGAGAACCUUUUCCAUCAUGGACGGCCAGGAGUUCCCUUGGAUAACAGUCAACAACCAAUUAUUGUGAACCUUUCUAGUUCGCCAAGACGAUAUGCUGCCUUGUCCCUCUCUGAAAACUGUCUAGAAAACUGUGCUGGUGACAGAAAAAACAGCAUGAGGGGGCAAUGGUUUGUAACCCCAGAGAUUACAAUUACUGACAAUGACAUUCGUGCAGCAAAUAACAACAAGAGAGAUGGGAGAACUAACAGCUGGAACAUCCAAAAUACAGCGGGAUGUCAAACUGCGAACUUGAACAACUUACAAAGACCAGCAAACCCACCAGAAUCCACAGAGAGAAAGAACAAUAAUUACUCACUGCAGCAAAGCCUUGAACAGCUUGAUGAGCUGCUAGCUGACCUAGUCAUCGAUUAUAAGCCUCAAAAUAGCAGGAGACCAAGUAAGGAUCGGAUAGACCAACUCAAACAAUUGAUUCAAAAUGAUGAGACCAAAGAAGGGAAGCGGGACAUAGAUCAAGAGGAUUCAGGAGUUUUGAACACACAAACAGACUCCUCCAAGACCAGCCCAGACACAUUUAAAGACCCAGACAGUGGUUGUGAGGGUUUUCAGAGGAGUGUUGAGGAUGUUUCUUUGAACCAUAUUACAGAGGAGGAUGACACUAUGGUGUGCUCCAACAGGAAAUGCUUACGCAAAGACACUACAUUCAAUGCUUGCUUGUACUUCAAGUCCUGCCACAGUUGUUAUACUUACUACUGCUCCAGGAACUGUAGGCGAGAAGACUGGGACAUUCAUAAAGAGAGCUGUCUUUAUGGCCGCAUUAGUAGUGUUUGCAGGCACAUACUAAAACAUUGUCGAGAGAACUCUGAUGUACAUAAAGACUUUUCACGCAUUGCUAGGGUAGGGUAUCUGUCCCGUGGAAGAGGAGUACUGUUCUUGGGUUUUCCAAACCCUGGGUGCGCAGAUGACUUUAUUCAAGUUGGUCUUGACAGCCUUACUAUCUCUCCAACAUAUCUAUCCCUUCGAGAGUUAGACAGUUUCAAAGACAACCUUGGGCAGUACUACAAAGAGUUGCUGAAUGCAGGCAAGGAAUAUGACCCAACUGAAUGUUUCGUUCUGAAUGUCUCCAUUGCUGUUGGAGACCUAGUGCCUAAACUUCCUUCUCCCAAAUUACAAAUGCCAACAGUUCGCAAGUAUGCUAAGGUCUCAUUGGCCUCCUCAAGCCCAGAUAAGAAAAUAUUUAAGAAAGAAUGUGAAAUGGAGACUCUGAUUCUCACCCCACCCCCUGGGACAUCUGACAUUGACAAGGAAGGCCAAGAGGGCAGGAAAGCAAGAGAGAUUUGUUUCAUUAACAUUCAAAGGGAGCUUCGUACCCGGGGCGUAUUCCUUCGCCAUGAGUUUCCAAAAAUAUACAACCAGCUUUGUGAGUUUGUUGAGAGCAACAAAAGGUUUACCCCCACCACCAUCUAUCCCACUGACAAGAGAACCAGAAAGCAGUUCAUGUGUAUGAUCAUGGCAGCAUCUGAACCAAGGAUGCUUGACUGGGUUGGUGCACCACACCUUCUAGAUGACAUAAUAUAAUCCUAUGCAUCCAAUAUAAUCAAGCUUUUUAAUAGUGAGACUAUAUUGUUUUUCUGUCUGGCACUAAAAACUAUAAUUAAUACAAGUUGCUUAUGGAAUAAAAAGCUAUGUACAGUACUUAUUAGAAAAUACAAGCACAUAUGCUUUGUCUUAAAAUCUGUUUACACAGAAUCAAGAUUUUUUUGCAUUUUCUGUGCUGAUAUUUGGGACAAAAUCUUUCUGCAGUAUGGAUUUAAACACUGUAAAAUGUGUUUAAUGGAGAUGAGAGCAAUGUA